GUUCACACACCUCGAGUACACCCGUGUCCAUAGGAGAUGAAGAUCUUGCGUCUCGUAUCGCCCUCGACGAGAAUGGAUCCGCGGCGCAAGCAGCAGCUGCUGCGAGCUCACGGAUGGUUUGCCCAAUAUGCAACGAAGAGAUGGUAUGAUUGCUUUUCAUCCUUGAGUGCUGCGCCGCUGACAAGCCCAGAUGACUCUGCUCCAACUGAAUAGACAUAUUGACGACAACCAUGCCAACCUAGAGGAGAUCGAGCAAGAUGAAGCCAAGACAUGGUUCAUGCAGCAAAUGACAAAGGCGCGUAAAUUUCAACCGCUCGCCUUGAUCAAUCAGAAGCUCAGGGGCCUGGAAGCCUUCGAGUCGAACAACGACACGAUCCCCACAGCACAAUCGCGAGAUAUCCGAUCCGACACGCGCAAUCCAUCUCAGAUACCGGUUUUGAAAGAGCAAGUACAAGUUGAUCCGGAAGAGUUAGUGAGCAGGACACAUUGGCAACGGGCGACUGGAUACGAUUCUUGCGCAGAUCCACUAUGUGGAAAGCGAUUGGGAGCUGCCAACGGUCAAGUCAAUUGCCGUCAUUGUGGAAAGUUGUUUUGCGAAGAGCAUACGAUGUACCAGAUGAAACUCUCGCGCUCGGCUCAACACGAGCCUGUGCGUGGUGUAUGGUGUCGAGUUUGCGAGACAUGCUUCAAGAGUCGACCAGGAUACAAUGAUCAUCACGGCUUCCAACGAAAUCACACGGACUCAUUCGUCUCGUUUCGUAGAAAGACUGUUGAUAAGCGGUAUUUGGAGACGAGCCGCUUGGAGACCAGACUCACUAGGCUCACCCAGUUGCUCGCGAACCCUCCGCCAGUGCCCGAUGAUCAGACUACAGGCAGCCUCAUUUGGUCAUCGCUUGCCGGGAACAAGAAUCAUGUGCGAUCGCUGGAACAGACUGUCGUUUCUUGGGAGGAUGACAACGCUGUGGUUCAAUGUCCUUUCUGCCACCAGCCAUUUUCGCAGUAUAGCCUACGGCGGCAUCACUGUCGUAUCUGUGGCCGAAUCGUAUGCGGAGAUCCUACUACAGCUUGCUCUGAAGAAAUCAGCCUGGAUGUUAAGAUCGAGAAAACCGGAGGCAAGACUGUGGUCGAUGUGCGCAUGUGUAAAGAAUGCCAGCGUACAAUUUUCAGCAAAGCAGAUUUCGCGCGCGAACUCAUGGCACAAACACCAGACAUGCGAGCGUAUGCGAACCUGGUUCAAUUUGAGCAUGGCAUUAGGCUUCUGCUACCAAAGUUCCAGCGCCUAUUGUUGACGUUGCAGGAUCCCGAUCAGACUCCGUCUUCCAGCCAGCUUGCAGAUGCCUCUAAGGUUCGUAGGCGACUCAUGGACGCUUUUACUCAAUACGAUGUCGCUGCGAAGCGCAUUCGUGAUUUCCCGACCACAAAACCAACGCAGGAGAGAUUGCAAAAGGCAAUAUAUCAACAAGCCACCAAUUUCCUACACAUUCACAUGCUUCCACUGAAAAGUCUUCCUAAGAUCAUGAAGCAUGCCACCCCGCAUGGUCUGCAAGAUAAACAGAACACGGGUAAUGGAAGGCCGGCCGGAGCGUUGGCUGCCAUCAAAUACGACGAAGCACAUAAGUCCAAUGGCCAUCGGCCAACGAGCAGUCGCGCUAGUAGCUCGAGUUCGGCUGCAAUCACGGCGCUUGAGGCCGAGGAGAAAGAGCUCAAAGAGCGACUGAUCGUCCUGGAGGAGCAAAAGUUUUUCGUCUCGGAAAUGAUUGCAGAUGCCAAUAGACGACGCAAAUUCGACGAGGUUUCGGCAUUAUCGCAAAACGUCGAGGAUCUGAGCAAGGAGGUUGAUCAGAUUCAGGGUCAGUUGGCUCAGAUGGACUUCGCUAGCGCGUAUGUCAACGACCAGGACAUCAUCAAGUGAACGGAAGUAAUGCCUUAUUCUAAGCUCUGACAUUUCUCCUGGCACUCCCGUUUGGCGCGAGCGUGCCCUGAAGCUCCAACACCAUCGAGCAGACCAUGAUUCUGCUGGCGACUCGGGCUCGUAAGCGCAGCUCUACGCUAUAUUGGAGGCUGAAGUUGAGAGCACCCAACGCGGCUUCUAGUCAUAUAUCCGGAUCCAUAUGCUGUAAGGAAAAACCUUACGUGCGCCACUCAA